AGAAGCAGCGGGACAUAGGACACAGCCAACAGUCUUCCGUUUUUACACUUUUACACCACUUUUCUAUAUAGUUUGACUACUUUUAAUAAGUUUUACCGCUGGGUUUAGCAUUUUUUUUUACACUUUACUCUGGUUAAUUAGCUGUUAUUAGCAAUGCAACGGUCGAGAAGCUAAUGUUAGCCGAGUGCUAGCAGGGAAAGUAGCCGGGGUUAGAGCUCCACUUCUCGGCUACAUGUAAUCCGCAGAAUCGGGGAUAAAUCAUGGAACACUCUAGCCAAUUCGGAGGAUUAUUUCGUUAUCUCCAAGACCCUUAUCUUGUUGCCCGUUUUCAGCGCAUUUGCGGAGUCCGGGGCACGUUUCCGAAGACCACCGCGGAGGAGUGUAACAACAGCGGGGACAGAGGAGAAUGUGACCGAAAACAAGCGCGCAGCAACGGGGCAUGUUCUCACCACUCGCCGGGGGAAAGCCAUGGGGAAACAGCGGGGGUUUUCGGGACUGGAGAAGAGGAGACACACAAGAGCAAUUCACAAGGACUUCACAAAAGAUCUAAAGGUGUAAAUGCAUCCAAACAACCAGGGAAAGGUGGGGAAAAGUUGACCCAAAAUGGUGCAGCUGGUCAGGGGGGAGAGACUGCAGGCAGCGCCGUGAAACCGCUUCGGAAAAACUCGCUUACUGGAGACGCGGGGCAAGAGUUUAUCAUAGAAAACCGCAUUUUGUAUUACUUAUUCACCUUUGGAACCGAACUGGGGAAUGAGCUGUUUUAUAUCACGUUUUUCCCCUUCGUAAUGUGGAAUAUUGAUGCUUUCGUGGCGCGUAGGAUCAUCUUGGUUUGGGUCUGGGUCAUGUAUCUCGGUCAGUGCACCAAGGAUCUCCUCGGCUGGUCCAGACCUGCUUCUCCUCCCGUGGUUAAAGUGGAGAUGUUCUACAACUCCGAGUACAGCAUGCCCUCCACGCACGCCAUGUCCGGAACCGCCAUCCCCUUCGCCCUCUUCUACAUGACCCUCGGCCGCUGGGAGUAUCCUUUUGCUGUGGGUCUGUCUGUGGCUCUGAGCUGGUGCGUCCUGGUCUGUGUGAGCCGCAUCUACAUGGGCAUGCACUCUCUACUGGAUGUAUUUGCUGGUGUGCUGUACUCCUCCCUGAUCCUGCUCGUGUCUCUCCCGGCUUUAGACUCCGCAGACCUCUUCAUCCUCCACAGCCACUGGUCUCCUCUCCUCAUCAUCGCCCUGCCCUUCGCCCUGGCUCUACUGUGCUUCCACUUGGACGCUUGGAGCACGUCACGGGGGGACACGGCUCAGAUCCUGGGCACUGGAGCGGGCGUAGCUUUAGCUUCUCACGUUAACCUCCGCCUCGGUUUCAGUCGUGAUCCUGUGUUCGUCUCUCUCUCCUUCCCUCCGCUCUCCUUUUCACUCUUCGUCACAGCUUUGGUGCGGUUGAUCAUUGGUGUGGCAGUUUUGGUGUUGACACGCGCGGUGAUGAAAGCUAUUACCCUGACGACGCUGUGCCGGGUGCUCAGGUUGGGAGGGGGCGGAGACGUGAGGCGGGCGCGGCAACAUAUGGAAGUGGAGCUUCCAUACAGGUACAUCGUCUAUGGAACGGUGGGAUUCAACGUGCUGUUCCUCGUGCCUCUGCUGUUCAGCUACAUGCAGUUCUGAGCGAGACUACACCACCCACAAUGCACUGCAGGGAGAUGACUGCAACUCCCAGGAUGCACUGCCCCGAGACAACUGCAACUCCCAGAAUGCACUGCACUAAGAAAAAAAUGACAGAAAACUACACAGCAUAUUACAGAUCUAUGACAGAAAACUACAGGCCCCACAAUACCCGUCUCUGACCUUGAUUUCAUUGAUUAAUUUAUUAGGACAAUGUAUAAUUACAUUAAGUAUAAAAGCAGAGAUGUUUGUACCAGACUGUAGCUUAACACCUAAACCCCUCACUAGGGAUGCACUGAUCCAAUACUAGUACCGGAUAUUUGAGCUGAAAAAUGAGCUGAUCCGAUCUCUGGUUGGACACAUAAAUUGAUGAAGUCUAUUUACUGCCCGUAGUUGACCCAAAUCUCAUAAUGUGUUAACUUACUUUUACAAAGGUGUCGGAUAAAUAACAGCUACGUAACACAUUUGGACCCGUUCUCUCUUAUUUUAUUUUAGUUUAAAAUAAAUGCCUGCAGACUUCAUUCUCUGCACUGGUAUCAGUUGAUAUCGGAUAUACUUAAAGCUUUAGUGUUGAAAUUACUAUUGGAACUGAAAGAGCUGGAUCGGCGCAUCUCACUUUUCACUGGUGGAAGGAGAACUUAUUGUGUUAAUUAUCAGUGGGGUGAGGAAUAUAUUACCAGAAAAAAACAUGUUUAAUUGUUCAUAUCGGUAGGUGGUACAGUUAAGUAAAAUGUGAUGGUUUAGAAGUCUUUUUUGUUUUAUUUAUUUUUUUAUCCCCAAAUUUGUUCUAAUUGCAGCGAUAUCCAGAAUACACCACAGUUAAGCCUUUUUCAACACUGACUCUAAGCUAAACCCAUGAUGCCUUCCUCUCCAGCUUCAUGCAGCUCUGAACUACAGCUCCCAUGAUGCACUGCUCUGACCACUGAUCUUCUACUGUGCUUUUUUAAGACUUUAAACCCAUAUUUUUAUACUUCCAAAUCGUAAAAGUUUUCACUGCCUUGUAAUUGACUGUGGCUUUGACUGUUAUUGCUUAAGUAAAUGGGAGAAUUUACAGAUAUAACUUAUUGCACUGGCUUUAAAGGUGCACUGUGUAAGUUUUCUGGUGCAGGGUCUGCCACCCCCUUGCCUCCAUGGAAAUGUUAUUGCAUUGCCUAAAAUAUUCCACAGUAUGGCGUUACACUUAUCCAUCUUGCAUUUAUUCAAUAGCAGGUGUUCUUACUGUGAGUGGAGUUGCUUCUCCAUGGAUCUGACCUGUAACUUUACCUGGUGAUGUGCUAUGUUCCCUCUUUUCUCCAUGUAGGUAGAUAAGACUAAUUCCAUACUGUGGAACAUUCUUCUGCCACCUAAAAACUUACAGUGUCCCUUUAAUGAAAAAAAUUAAAUAAAUAAAUGAUGAAUAACUUCCAGGUAGCCAGUACAUCUGAACAUGUUUUAAACUUGAGGAUGGACCACUAAGAAACUAAACUGCCUUUUGCACAAAAAAUAUUCCGAAUUGUCUCAAAAAUGCAUUUAAUUUUGCCUUAAACAUAAAAACCACUUACAAAUACAUUUUCUAUUCUGCCUUUUGCAAAAAUAUACUGCUUUUUUCUACGGCUGUACGACACAUCUUUACAUUACUUCAUCACACUGGGGGUGUUCUGCAUGUAUGUCUGGAAAUUCAGAUGUUGCCAUGGUGACACAUUGCACACAUUAGUAAACACUGACAUGUUUUAAAAUAAUCUGAAAACUCAAGAAAUACAAAAUGUAUUUAAACAACACGUUUUCAGGAGCCUGUGAUCAAUACGAGCGUUCAUGUUCUGUUUAGGAGACUGAAAAACUGUUGGCUAAUGCUAGCUAGCUUGUGACUGUAAUGUCACUUGAGACGGACAUGAAACCAUCUCACCUGUUGCAGUUCCAACUACGUCAGUGCUUUAUGGUCAGAUUGUGUCAAAACAAAGCUCAGAUUAAAGUUGAAACAGUAACAGAGCUUCAGACAGAGUAGUGCCUACACUUAGCAUCACCUCCAGGGAUUGUUGAUGACAUCAGCUGCAAAGUAUCAGUUUUUAUUAUUUUAGGUGAGCAAUUUUAAACCAAGAACCUUAAAGUCAAAACUCAGAGAUGUUUUUUUGUUUUUUGUUUUUUGUUUUACUUUUUUCUAAAGCAAUAGAACCUGUGGACUGUUAAAUGCAUUUAUUCCAAAGUAUUUCAAGGUUUUGUUUAGAAAGAUGGACUCUUCAUGGCACAUAUUUUAGAAUGUUUUUACAUGAUUCUUUGACACUGUAGUUGUUUAGUUUGAGAGAUUUCUGUGUUUGAUUUGUUCUGGUCUCAGGAGAAAAGUUAAAAUAAUAACUGUAAAAAUAAAAAUUGUGUUUUC